GGAGGAGAAGAUGGAGGAGCUGCCAAAUGGCGGGUAUGGCUGGGUCAUCGUGGUGUGUAUCCUCGCACUCAACGCUUGUACUUGGGGUGAGUACGUGUGUGAAUGGGAACAGGGCCGGCAUCUGGGUGACGGCCGUAGUGGCCCAGCGUUCUUUUGCGCCCCGAGGAGAUGUGUCGCAUGGUCUCGCUAACCCCAGGUGUCAACACCACAUACGGCGUCUUUUCCUCCUAUUUUCUCCAGAACGAUUACUACGGGGGGACGCAGCUUGACUACUCGUGGGUGGGCGGCUUGUCCGCGGCCAUCGCAGUCUUCCAAGGUCCCUUCGCGAACUGGAUGGUCCGCCGCUUCGGCUUCAAGAUGCCGUUGUAUGUCGGCGCCCUCUGCGUUGGCCUGGGACAGUGCAUGGCGGGCGUUGCGACGUCCUUUGCAGGCUUCAUCAUCUGCCAGGGCGUCCUCUUCGGCGUCGGCAUGGGCUUCAUCCUCGUGCCGUCGCAGCCGCUCAUCGCGCACUGGUUCGACCGCCGCCUCAGCCUGGCCCAAGGCAUCGGACAGGCGGGGAGCGGCGUCGGCGCCCUCGUCUUCUCCAACACCACCCCGCUCCUUCUGCACUCUCUCGGCGUGAAGUGGACGUACAUCAUCAAUGGGUGUAUCUGCUUUGCCCUCCUGUUCCCCGCCGUGUUCUUGCUCAAGGGCCGGCACAAGGCUGUGCAGGCGCGCAGCGCGCCGCUCGAGUUCAAGUGGUUCUGGCACCCAGGAUACCGGUGGCUGCUGAUGUGGGCGUUUUUGACGAUGAUGGGCUACUUUAUUACGAUCUACACCCUCGCGUCGUACUGCACGGACGCGUUGGGUCUCAGCCAAAAACAGGGUGGCGCCGUGCAGUCGAUCCUGGCCGCGGGCCAGAUCGUCGGCCGCCCCCUCUGGGGCUACCUCCUCGACCGCGGUGGCCGCGUCAACAUGGUCAUCAUCUCGUACAUCAUCGCGGGCGUGACGACGCUCACGAUCUGGAUGCUCGGCCGCUCGUUCUCCGUCAUGGCGCUGUACGGCUUCAUCGCCGGCGCGACGAACGGCACCAUCCACAGCGCGUCUACGCCGCUCUCGGCCUCCGUCGUCGGCCUGCCGGACCUCGCGAGCGCGCUCGCCAUGUACUGGCUCACGCUCGGUGUGCCGAACCUCGUCGGCCAGCCCUUCGGAAUCAUGCUCGUCGACUAUUCGCGCAGCAAGCUCGGGAAGACGGGGCCAGCCGCGUACACUAUCAGCAUCGGGUUCUGCGGCGGGCUCUACCUCGCCGCAGCGCUCAUGCUCCUCGGCGCGAAGAGGUAUCUCCAGGGCGAUUGGAAGGUGUUCAAAAGGGCGUAGUGGACGGCAAGGGGCUUGGCACAGCACAGUACAUCGCAUCGGAAGCAUAUGUAUUUUCUUGCACUGUUG